AUGUUCAGUAGAUACCUAGGUUGGUUUCAUCCAUCGGAACAGCCAGUGUCAACUUCUGGGUAUGGCCUCGACAAUAGAGACGAGCGCCUGCUGCCCUCGAAACGUGAUCAGGCGAUCGCAGAGAUAUAUCGGCUUGCCAAGGAUCAGGAGCCGAGCAUCUCAAGAGACUCACAGUGCCACGAGCCUGCUGCACGGGAUUCGGACAAUGUCGGUCCAGAACAAAGCUCGUACAAAGACAAAGCCGUGGAGUGCACUACAACAAAGAGAACAGGCGAUGGGCAGACUCCAAGCCCAGUACGAUCUGAACUGGCUGACCGUUAUAUUUCGAGGAGCAGCGAUCUGCCGGACAUCGAGGCAGGUAGCCAGUGGUUCAUCGAGGCAAAAAAUGGUGAUUAUGGUCAUGAUCAGCUAAGCCUUGAGCUCAACCGACCCAAGGCUCAUGCGCAUUGGCAAUCUAAUUACGACAUGGAGAAGCUCGGGCGUCUUGCUCUGCGAGGACAAAGGCCUGUCGAGGAAAAGUCAUUUCCAAGGAAGAGCAGACACCCUGACGACACAGAAGUUGUUCUGGACUCGUCUCCAUCUAUGCGACUUGAAACGGGCCCACAAUUAAUGGCGAAGGGUGGAGGAAAGCAAAAGAAGACAGAAUUGACCUGUUCAAAGUCUAAAGCUGCGAUUGUUGGCGGUUGCAUGGCGCUUCGGGAUCAGGCUGCGAUAACGGCACAGAUGAAUCUCAGAAAGCAUCGGAACACGAAGUUCCAAACACAGCCCGACGGCAGUAGUGCGCAACAAGUUACGAAUGAUGGCGAUACGAAUAAUGGAAGGCGGCCGAAACAGCGUGUUCCCGAUUUCAGUAAACUCUCGACAAGGGACCGAGAGCAGUAUGUAGCAGACAUGGCUACCCGGCAGAACGAAGCUCAAGCUGCUCUCGACAGGAAGUACGAACGCAUUUGGAAGGGAUAUACAAAGCCCUGGGAGAUCGUGCGGGAGAAACGAUCGAAAGCUGCCGAUGAAAUGAUACGAGCCGCGAAGGCUCAGGCAAAGACAAAACCGGCGAGCAAGACGCAAGGCCCUUACAUCCUAGGAUCUACAUCCGCAUCGACUUUUGACGAAGACAAUCCCAGUGAUAACAAGAAGGCAGAAGUGGAUGACAAGGGAGUAGAAGCAGUCACUAAAGAGGCCGAGUCAUUGCAAUCUGACGAGUGCAGCCUGCAACCAGAUACUGCUAGGGACCGGCCCUCCCAUGCUUCGAGAAGAGAUGUUGCUGCGCCUCGAUCACCACCGGAACCAAGACACGAUUCGCGAGAGGUACGAGAAGCUCCGCAGCAAGAUCUUCCAAGAUCUCACACUCCAGCCAGCGUGAUCAAAGGGAAAGGUGUAGCAAAGCUCUCUGCACGAUUUGAAGUGGCUGACAAGCCUGCCACUGCAGCGAAUGACGAGCCUGGGAAAAGGCAAGCACGCAACCCGAAUGCAUCUCAGCACGACGCUAGAAUCACAGCAGCGGGAAUCAACGCGCGGUUGGAACGAGCGAAAGCCGCUCGGAAGGCUGCGGAGAAAGCCAGAAGGCCAAAUGUCGAGACACCCAAGGCUGACGCAGAGCCCGAGAAGGAGCCUCCAAAGAGGGAGUGGAGGAAGUCAAAUCCUGCACUUGACGGUGACUCUCUCGCUGUGCGGUAUGCUCAGCUGGAUGCGGCGAAGAUUCUGGAGCUUGAUCGUGAUGAAAGUCGUCGACUGUUCAAACUUAAGCAGGAACAGCUGAGGAGGGAGCGGGAUGAAAAGUGGUGGGAGCAGAAGGAGAAGAAGGAGGAUGAUGUGUCCACUGCCGAGCGGUAUCGACAACGGAUGGUUCGUGCGAAGGCCACCAAGAGCAGGUUGCAGUUUGAGGCAGAUAGCGCCGAAUUUGGCAGCAGAUAG